AUCGCCGAUAUCGCCUGACAGCCCAGGGUGUCAUGACCGGGUCACGGUCGGCGAUCUGGUUUUGCAAUGGAGGCAGAAAUCCCAGCCGCAAAGGAUGCAUCAACGACGCUAGGCUCAGCUCUGAAAAACUUUCUUCGUUGAAACACGAAUCGUAGCGGGUCUAAAACUCGUUGUUGUAUCAAGAAUUCGAGAUGGCUGUUCAAGCGGCGCUAGCCCGACGUCGUGGACGCUUGGCCGCAAUGGCAACUAUGUACGUUUGCGCUGUGAUUCUGCUUAGUACAUUCGUUGGGCCGUCGACAGGUCAGGGAGAUAUUCUGGUUCCUGGAACAGGCGUCGAACAAACGUGUGGUUUUGAUCUGCUCGUUAGGCUGGUUGUCUCCAACACUUGUCAGGGGUGCGGCAAGACCUACAACGCAGCACAGACAUGGUCAUUCCGACUGCUGAACGCCGGUUUGAACUGCGGCUGCGGGCCUAUUUGCUCUGUUGCUGGGUACCAUCUGUUCUCCAUAUGCCUGGACACAAUUCACGGUGGGUCUCUCCAAUGGGGCAGGAGACGCCGUGAUAUCGAAUCGGGACCAGCUGCCAACUUUGAUGACAUGCUCUCAGAGCUGAUGUCCAACAGUUCCGUACCGCGCACGGUCACAACUGAGGAGCUCUAUGAGGAGCUGCGAGCAGCUCAGAGUCGCUUGAUUGAGCUGAAAUUAGCAACUCAUCCGCACCCCAAUUCCACGCAGGCCAUAAAUGCGGAUGGGCCACUGAGCGCAAGUGCCAGGCUACGCAGGAUAGUCACAAACAAACGCCGUCGACGCGACGCGGCAUCUAUCACCAGCUGCUUCAUCAACUGGGACGACAUUCCAAUGAAUUUGGCGUGCUGUCUCUCAUCGGCUGGGUGCUCUGCUCUGGGGAUGCGCGAGUAUUGCUAAGGACGUGCUUGCCACUCUGCAUCGCUGUCAGUACGGCACUUCAACAUCACGAUCAAUACAAGUAGAGGAUGCCAAUGGUGACUCCGCGUUCAACCAGCUGGCCUGCUAAACCCUCUAACUUGACAGACACCAUAGCCGGGCCCAAAAAAUGAGAUGGUAGGUGACUGGAGAUCUCCUGCUGUGUCAUGCUAGAACGUUGAAUGCUUUUGUAGUACCAUAGCCCCUAUUCAAAGGAGUACGUACUUAUCUGCCAGAGCUGGACGCUGGCCACCUUAGUUAUGCUUUUAAUUUAUUAGUUAUGUCUAAACCAAGCAAACCGAGGAACGGUUAGCAUCACAAUUCACCCAGAGUACCCAGUAAUAAGCACAGCUACACCCUCAUAUACUCAGUAGUUAGUAGGAUUCUGAAGUAAUAUUUUUUAUUCAUAAGCCAUUGAGAGAGUUUAGCCUAGUUUGCCUUUUCACCUUCCGGAAUGCAUUCAAGAAGCUGUUCAUUUGUCUUUCAUUGAUUAAACCGUACAAGUCACGCAUGCCGACAGUACAGUCAGUAUUACAUUUUUUUGCUAGGAUUAGGGGUGAAAGUUGGCACUGAGAUCCCGAGUUCGAGUACUCUGAUUUUCUCCGAUCGAAUAUUCGAGUAUUCGAGUAUUCUUCAUCUCCUAAAAAUUGCACACCAAGGGCCUUAAAAUCACAUGAUACAACCCUGA